AUGUCUGCUGUCGAUGAAAAGCUGUCUCCUGGUCAUGAUGACCUUCCCGGUAAUGACGGCCGGGGCACCAAGCGCAACCGUAUGAGCGCCGACGACGAGGACGAUGAUGAUGACAAGCCUGGCCGUGAGCGUCGCAAGAUCGAGAUCAAGUUCAUUCAGGAUAAGUCGCGUCGUCACAUCACCUUCUCUAAGCGCAAGGCUGGUAUCAUGAAGAAGGCCUACGAGCUUUCCGUUCUCACCGGAACUCAAGUCCUUCUUCUGGUCGUCUCCGAAACCGGCCUCGUCUACACCUUCACCACCCCUAAGCUCCAGCCCCUCGUGACCAAGGCCGAGGGCAAGAACCUCAUUCAGGCCUGUCUGAAUGCUCCCGACCCCACCGCCAAUGAGAACGGUGUUGACGCGCCCGAUGUCGCGCCCGAGGCUCCCGAGGACGUGGCUCACAGCGUCAACGCGCCUCAGGGUAACAUGCGCCCUGGCAUGCACCCGGGCUACAUGACCAAUGAGCAGCAGCAGCAGAUGGCCUACUACCAGAACCUUCAGCAGCAGCAGCAGCAGGGCGGCCAGUACCCCAUGCCGGUCAGCGGUCGCAUGCCACCCCAGCACCAACCCACCGCUUAA